AUGUUCCACAGCACCAUCGCCAUGUUCACCCUCCUGGCCACGGCCAUCCAAGGCGCCCCUGCCAUCGACUCAACCCCCUCCCACAUCCUCCCCCGCGACGGUAUCACCAACUGCGACGACACCUCCACGACCUACAGCGGCACCUACACCGAAGGCUCCGGCACGUACGUGACCUCGGACAGCGUCACGCACCCCUACAAGUUCCCCGCGAUCCGCAAGUGCUGGUACGACUACUUCAUCACGUCCGCGGACGUGGCCCUCGACCCCUGGACCAAGGCCUCGGGCGACAUCUACUGCUCGGACUCGAGCCCAUGCUUGGCGCAGAAGCUGAGCGCGUCCCAGACGUGCCAGAGCAAGUCUACCGCGAUCAGCGCCUCGGUCGGGGCCGAUAUCGAGGGGUUCAGUCUGGGCGUUAGUGUGACGCUUACUACGGAGGAUUCAAAGUGUUUCACUGCCACCGACGUGACGGCCUGCUCCUGGACUGAUCAGGCUUGCCACACCGUCUGGACCCAGCAGCAGGUCCUGGUCCAGAAGGGCUACAGGCGACAGCGCUGCGACUGGGGGAACGGCGACGAGACGCAGUGCAUGGCCGAUUGGACUGUGACUACGCCGACUGAGUCGAUCAACUAUGGAUGUGGCUCGGGUUGCGGUGACAGCAAUGCGUGUGGCAACACCGAUGGGACUGCGUGCUGA